CAGAGGCCGCUAAAAGAUCCCAGCAGCCUGAAAGGUCAACAGCCAUCGCAGGGACCGAGGGGAGUCCCAAACCUUGACGAAGAUGGCUUAUAGGCCUAGUCCCGUCAAGGAUUCGCUCCUUCGGCGCUUCCUUGCUGAUAUUUCCCGAUGGGAUCCGCUCAUCUGGCUCACCAACCUGAAUGAGAUUGGGCGUCUCCGACUGUGGGGUGUCUUUUCCUCCUGCUCAGCUUCGUGUAUGUCGGUGACAGCACUCUCCACCGAAUACUGGUCCAAGCAGUUUGUCCGGGGAAUCUUCAUACACCGAGGACUGUGGAAGGACUGCAAGUUGGGGAAGUGCACCUACCAUAGAAAUGUGCAAUCCUAUAUUGCCUUCACUAUAGUGUUCAUGUUGGUCUCUAAUCUGACUUGCUAUGUGUCUGUGAUCUGCGGGACGCUGGACCUCAAAUCCUAUAAACCACCAAUUCCAAAGGAGAAAAUGUGGCCACUUCUAACUGUCAGCCAAUGCAUCAUUGCCGGCUGCACAGGAGCGAUAGGCCUGUUCAUUUUCAUGAGUACCACAACUCUGAAGCCCAACACUUUCCUUUCGUGGUCACUGAUACCCGGGUGGUUGUCUGUCAUUUUCAUUUCAACGGCAGGGGUGCUCCAUUUUGUGGCAAGUAGAUGGGAACAGGAUCUCGCCAACGAAUCCCCCACCGUCACAGUACUGUAUAAGCUGAAAGAGAAACCCUCUUGUUUAGACCUGACCACUGAACUCACUCCGCAGAGGCAGAUGGCGACAUCAGCUGUGUGAAUUCAGGCACCAAGAUAGACAAACAGUGGUGGUGGUGAUGGUGAUGGUGGUGUGUUUGUGUGUGUUUCUAUGUGUAUGUGCUACCCCAGAUCUGACAGGAUCCAAGCUUUGGAAUUAGGAAAGAAGAGAAGUCAUGAGGGUAUCUUUGCUACAGCUAAUUCUCCUGGCUGGUUGAAAACGUCACACGCCACCCUGUGCACAGAGAUAUGCUUAAGUCCCUAAAUUGGAUGAUGUGUUUCAUUUUUCCCCAUGUGAAAAGCAAUGGGAUGUUGAUGCCAUUCUGCUAAGGAAUGCAGAAAGGGCCCUUGCAGCGUGCUAUACAACACAGCUGGUAUUUCUCUGUAUUUUCUUUUAAAACGUGUCCCCCCCCCCUUUUUUUUUUGCUGUCCCGUUAAUAAACCGUUGUAAUAUA